AUGCGUCAACUUACCGAGGAAGAGACAAAACAACUCUUCUCCAAGCUCGCCAAUUACUGCGGAUCGGCAAUCAACAAUUUGAUCGCCCCUCCGUCUGAUGAGGGCGUAGCAGCCGACCGCUAUGUUUUCCGUCUGCACGGCAACCGUGUGUACUAUCUGCCCCUCAAGCUGGCGAACCUGGCCACCUCGGUCCCACGCCACAACUUGAUGUGCAUGGGAACGAUGAUGGGGAAAUUCACCAAGAAUACGGGCAAAUUCCGCCUGAACCUUACGGCACUGGAUAUUAUCGCGCCGCAGGCCAGGUACAAGGUGUGGAUCAAGCCGAAUGGCGAAAUGCCAUUCCUCUAUGGAGGCCACGUUCUCAAGGCGCACGUCGCAAGAUUCUCGGAAGAUAGCGGGGAGCAUCAGGGCAUACUGGUGCUCAACAUGGCAGACCAGCCGUUGGGCUUUGGAAUUACGGCGAGGUCAACGGCUGAGUCUCGGAAGCUUAAUCCCACGGAUAUUGUUGUGUUUGCCCAGGCGGAUGCUGGAAUGUAUCUCAGAGAGGAAGAUUCGCUCUUUACGACUUGA